AUGGACCAGAUUUCAUCCACAACAACAUUCGAGGGUGCUGGAGAUGAUAUCAGUGAGCAAUUAAGCAUACUUCGGGGUCAGAUCAAAGCCCCAUUGAUCGUCCCUUGGCUUAAAGUUGCUGUAUUUUUAUGCUUGAUAAUGUCAGUCAUGUUGUUCAUUGAGAGGGUUUACACGGGAAUUGUUAUCACUCUUGUGAAAAUUUUUGGUAGAAAACCAGAAAAACGAUAUAAAUGGGAGCCUCUGAGAGAUGAUUUAGAGCUGGGAAAUUCAGCUUAUCCCAUGGUGCUUGUUCAAAUCCCAAUGUACAAUGAAAAAGAGGUAUAUCAACUCUCAAUUGGGGCUGCAUGUGGCCUUUCUUGGCCUUCCGAUCGUAUAAUUAUUCAAGUGCUCGACGAUUCAACGGAUCCUGUAAUCAAGAAUCUGGUGGAACUGGAGUGCCAAAGGUGGGCAGGCAAGGGAAUUAAUAUCAAGUAUGAAAUUCGUGACAACAGAAAUGGAUACAAAGCUGGAGCACUAAACGAAGGAUUAAAGCACCCCUAUGAGAAACUAUGCGAUUAUGUAGCAACUUUCGAUGCCGAUUUUCAACCCGAACCCGAUUUCCUCUGGCAAACCAUCCCUUUCUUAGUUCAUAAUCCGGAACUUGCCCUCGUUCAAGCCCGUUGGAAGUUUGUAAAUGCUGAUGAAUGCUUGAUGACAAGAAUGCAAGAAAUGUCAUUAGACUACCAUUUUACUGUGGAGCAAGAAGUAGGAUCAUCUACCUAUGCCUUUUUUGGCUUCAAUGGAACGGCCGGAGUUUGGAGAAUCGCAGCCAUUGACGAAGCUGGAGGAUGGAAGGAUCGAACAACAGUUGAGGAUAUGGAUUUGGCCGUCCGAGCUAGUCUUAGAGGAUGGAAGUUUUUGUACCUCGGUUCCCUCAUGGUGAAAAACGAAUUGCCAAGCACAUUCAAGGCAUAUCGCUAUCAACAACAUCGUUGGUCAUGUGGACCUGCCAAUCUUUUCAGAAAAAUGUUUAUGGAGAUUGUCAAAAACAAGAAAGUGUCUUUGUGGAAAAAGGUUCAUGUAAUAUACAGUUUCUUCUUCGUCAGAAAGAUCGUAGCCCAUAUAGUCACAUUCGUGUUUUACUGUGUUGUAUUACCUGCAACCGUAUUAGUACCUGAAGUUGAGGUUCCAAAGUGGGGAGCAGUGUACAUACCUUCCAUCAUUACCUUACUCAAUGCAGUUGGGACUCCGAGGUCACUCCAUUUGCUGGUAUUCUGGAUCCUUUACGAGAAUGUCAUGUCGCUACAUCGGACUAAAGCUACAUUCAUUGGCUUGUUGGAGGCAGGAAGAGUGAAUGAAUGGGUUGUCACUGAGAAACUUGGGGAUGCUCAUAAGUUAAAAUCAGCCCCUAAAGCUUUUAAGAAACCUCUACUAAGGAUCGGAGAGAGGCUCCAUUUGUUAGAGCUUGGUGUGGGCUCUUACCUCUUCUUUUGUGGGUGCUACGACAUGGCAUUCGGGAAAAACUACUAUUUCAUCUACCUCUUUGCUCAAGCAAUAGCCUUUUUCAUUGCCGGGUUUGGUUAUAUUGGGACAUUCAUUCCCCAGUCUUAG